CCGACAGGGGGCUACGCAAAUUGCCCGGAUGGAGGUUGAAAAACAGACAUUGAGAUGAUGAUGAUAACAAGAAUAAGAUUAAGAAUAAGAAUAAGAAUAAUAAGUCCUGAAGCAGAUUAAAAAUAAAAAGAUGAUACAGGGUCAUGGCAGCAGAAAGCAAACGUACACUACUAUACCAGGAAUUUUACAACAAAGAUUAACAAUCAGCCGUUACACAAAGCUUUGAGUUUCUACAUUUUCUCAGCUCCUUUAAUUUAGAUGCAUUGUGAUCAUAGGUCGUCCAAAAGAAGCCAUUGCGUGAGUGGAGACAUCAUAGAUAAGCUCGUUGCAAUCGUGAGAGCCUUCCCGAAUAAAGACUGGGUUUGAACCCAGUGGAAAUAGAGCUGUCAAAGGUCACACCAGGCACACCACGUUUUGCUUUCUAAUCGCUGGCUGCACGUUCAGCCACGUAAUUACCUGUUAAGCCUCGCCGACGGAAGGAGGUCAAGGCAAGGGAAGACAGAGCGGACAGGAAGGUGUGCAGCCCUUCCCCACACCGGAGAAGCACCGCUCCGGGAGGACGAGAGGGCCCGUGCCGCUCGAAUUCAUGUCUUCUUUCCUCACCAUUUAAGAGAGGGAAUUAAGGUAAGCAAACUGCUGUGAAGUGACUGGAUUCAUAUUCAAGAUGUGGGAGACAGCUGGGAAGUGAAGGGCUGGCAAUGAUAGAAAACAAACUUUUUUUUUUCACAAAUAUGCUUUUAAUCCUCUUGCAACCUCGUCCUUUAUGAAAAUAUUUCUUCACCGUGGUCAAAACAUGAUUUCGGUGCAACGCCUGCAGACUUUUCUCAGUAUCCUGUAUGUUACCUUUGGAUACCCAGUGUGUGCCUCUGCCCGUCCACAGCAUGUCUCAGGCAGGAGAGAGGACCCCUUCUACAACCUCUGUCGACUCAGCCUCAACAGACGGCAAAGAUGGCACGGCUAAAGACUCCCCAUCAGGUUCAGUCUCUGAAACACCCAAGAAAUCAUCGAAGAAGUCCAAGAAAAACACUGAGAGUAUGAACAAAGUCUAUACGUCAGUGCUCAACAGUGUCUUUGGGGCGGACAGAGAAUUGGCUCAGGCUGAGUUAGAUGAGCUGCAAGAGGCUUUCAAGGAGUUUGACUACGACCAAGAUGGCUACCUGAACUACAAGGAUGUGGCUGAAUGCAUGAGGACAAUGGGAUACAUGCCCACAGAGAUGGAGCUGCUGGAGAUAGUACAACAAAUAAAGAUGAGAAUGGGUGGAUUAAUGGACUUUGAUGACUUCAUUGAACUGAUGGGACCCAGGAUGAUGGGAGAGACCGCUGACAUGCUGGGACUCAAGGAGCUCCAGUCUGCCUUUGUACAGUUUGAUCUCGAUGGAGAUGGAAAGAUUAACCAGGAAGAGAUGAAGGAGGCAGUCAAGACGCUGCUAGGAGAGAAGCUGAAGAAAGGCGAACUGGAGGAGAUCCUAAGUGAGCUGGACAUUAAUUCAGAUGGAAACAUCGACUUUGAAGAGUUCGUGAUGAUGCUCUCCAUUCGCUAACUGCUGAAAAGACUUACCACAUGGACAGAAUACACAAACGCUCCUGAAUCAUUCCAGGGAUAGGAAAUACAACUUUUGCUUACCAAAAUAUUCACAUUUUGGUUUGGUGUUAUAUUACUUUGGUAACCAGUGUUUGAAAUGUAGGUAUAGGCAUUUACCAAAUAAUGUGUGCCUAACUCUAAUAAAUGUAUGAAUAAUUAAUUGCUAAAGGAGUGAGAUUGUGAAUAUGUGGCAUCAAAUACAGAGUUUUCUUUGGGUAGAUACCUGAAAUUUUUGCAGUGAUAAAUCAUGUAAA